AUGGAAAACCGAAAAAUAUCACUAAAAACCGACGAGAUCGAAGUGUUUGAUGAAGUAAUAAUUUAUUUAUACAAUUUUUUUUUUUUUUCAAUAUUAUACAUUAUACAUACAUUUCAAUAUUAUAUAUUAAUUAUGUCGCUGUUUUUUAAGGUUAUUAUUUUUAAAAAAGUAAACAAUUAUAAAUUCAAUGUCGAUAAUUAUUAUGAUUUUAAAUAUAUGUGUAUGUGUGUGUAUUUUUUUUUCUUUUUUCUCUUUUUCUCUAGAAUACAUGAAAAUAUUGAUAACUAUCUGAUGGUUAGCUUAUAAAUAAUAUACACAAAGUAAAGAUUUUCACUAUAUAUAUAUAUAUAUUUUUUUUUUUUUUUUUUUUUUUUUUUUUUUGUUUCUUUAUAUCGGUACAUAAUAAUUAUUAAUUUUCUUCUUCUUCUUAACUUAGCAAACCAAAUUCUCAUUAUUGUAAUUUAUCCCAAUAUCCCAUCAUAUCCCAUUGGUCUCUAUAAUAUGCUCUAUACAGUUGUUUUUCUUUAAAAAAAUAUAUAUUUAUAUAUUCCGGGGUUUGCAGCCAGAAGACGCGUACGAUACGACUUCGAAACACCACCAGACGCAUCAGUUACGAGUGUGGGAAGGCCACAAUGUCCAUGGUGAUCCGAAAAACGCGGAAGCAUAUGAAAUGGAAAAACGCCAAGCAAUCAUUUCCAUCAAUAACUUCAUGACCAAGUUGUACGUGGAAAGUCAACGGUUCAGAGACAACGGUUUGUUUAUUAACCUAAACUCGGAACUUCCCGAGUAUCCGUUUAAAAUAACAGGAAAAUAUUAAUUGAAAAUAUUCUAGAGAGUAAUUCUAAUUGUACGUAGAAACUAAAUCAGUCAUUAUACUUGCCCAAGUUUUACUACAUCGAUUUUUCCAUUUUAUUUUCUUCUUAUUUUCAAAUAUUUCAAACAUUAAAUAUGAUGUACCUAUGUUAAAAACACCUGUGUAUAAUAUCUACAUUUAGAAAAAAUAUUUAUUUAAUAGUAUGCAUUUUAUAAAGGUCAAAUGUACUUAGGGACCAUGAGUUAGCCUCUGUAGUAAGUGGCAAGUUUAAUAGAUAUAAGAUAUAGAAUAGUUCAAUUUAUAUAUACUGAAAGCAACAAUAAAUUAUAACAACAAAAAAAAAGAUACUGAGCAAAGUAGUAUUAGACAUGCAUUUUCCCGUGUAGCUAAUGCAACCUUGGUAAAAGUAAUAUGUUUUUCGCUACACUCUGAAUCUAAAACUGUACAGAAAAAUUAAUAUUUAAUAUGACUUAUGAUUAACGAUCUAAACAUUUUUUAAAGGUUGCUAAUCGCGUUUACAAAUGUUGAAAUAGGUGUAUAAUAAUCAACAGUAUUAAUUUACCAAUAUUGGAGUAUAAAACGAAUUAUAAAAUAUAUGGCAUUAUUACUUAUUUGUUGUUAAGUAAAAAAUUGAUUAAAUUUCAUGCAGAUCGUGCAAAUUUCGUUUAGAUAAUUAUAAUUUUUAUCGCAAAUUUUUUUUUUUUUGAUAAAACUACGUUAUUAAAUUGUUAUUAUAUAUGUGUCUCGUUAGCCGGCGCGACCGGGGAAAAGCUCGAGGAACUCGAAGAAUACUUAACGGAUCAAGUGGAAAUAGCCCACAAUUUGAUCACCCGGCUGAGACAAUUGCUUACGAUGGAGAAAACCGACGCGGUAAUGGACCGUUCGUUAAAUAGGACGAGAUUUUUCAAAAUGGAUGCCGACUUCCGUAAACCGAUUAUAUACGAUUUAAAUAUUACGAUUGUUUUCUAACAUAUAUAUGAAGAAUGUUGAUGUAGAUAUAUAUUAUGUACAUUUUACAGAAACGCAAAACGAAGAAAAAGAAAACAACCGUCAAAAAGCGUUGGUGGAGAAAAGGAGAAAAGUAAAAUUGUUCGACGAAACGAUUGGUUCGAUCAUCAAUAGAUAUAAUUUCGUAGUCGAAACGAUAAACGCUCCGAGUGAAUACAAGUUUUUUGACGGUAUUAAAAUUAAUAACUAGUAUUAUAUUAAAACGUUUGAUAUUAUAAUGUUGUUGUUAUUAUUAUAUUAUUUUUGUUUUUUUAGAGUUUAAAACGAACACUGAAAUACCUAUGGAAUUGAAAAAGAACAUGGUGAAAAAGAAAAAAGAUACAAAGGUAAGAUUUGACAAUGAAUCGUUCGAGAAAAGUCUGCAAAACUUUUAAUCAGAUUUAUCAGAAAAACCUUUACGGACUUAACAAUUUUUACAACAACUCUAUAAAAACUCGGCAGUAGGAUUUUUAAGUUAAAAUUAGGUAGGUAGGUAUUAUAUAACUUUAUAUGAAAAGUCAAACAUCAUCUCAUGAUGUGUGUCCUGACUUCGAAAUAAGUAACUGCAGGUAUCCGAAUUAUAAAGUACUUUUGUCAACUUACUAUACAUUAUAUUAGUUCAAUUAUAUUGGACCGACAUGGCAGCCAGCCAUGUAGUCAGCCGCAUAGUCUUGAAAUAGUAAUGUCAAGAUUCAAGACUGUGAGUUCAAAAUUAAAUAACAUAUACUUACUUAAUAAUUAGGGCAAAUGUUUAUACGCUUUCGCAUGUAGAAUACAUUUAUUCGUGAAAAAAAAUAGAUAGUUUACACCAAAAUGCAUUUCGUGACCUAGCAAUUCUAUAUACGAGUACAAAACUUUAUUUAACAUAUUUCGGUACAUUUUCAGAGCAUAUUCAAUUUAAGAUUUUCGUGCAGUUUUAAGAUUUUUUUCGCAGAUGCAUAGAGAAUAUUUUUGGAAUUUCAGUGCCUAUUUCUGCAUACAAAUUUAAAGAAUUUUAGAGCAUAUACAUAUCUACCCUAUCAAUAAACUAUAACCAAUAAUAGCGAGUAAAAUAUUUAAUUUUGUUUAAUGGGUUAGGUAUUCCAACUAAAUUUUAAUAUUAUCGACGGCUAUGUUCAAAAUAUUCAAAUCGUUUUUUUGUAAAUAUUACUUAAAUAUUUAUUUUUAAUAUUACAUUUUUAUCGUGGUUUCACAAAAGCAUACGCUUAUAUCUACAUAAUAUUUUUUCAAGAAAUAUGAUUUUAUAUAUCGGUCUUACAAUUUAAAAGUUCAAUUAAUAAAAACAAUAUUGCAAACAUGCAAUGAUAGUAUUAUGUUCAUGUGGAUAGUAAAAUAUGUAAAAUAAUACUGGUGUGCUCGAGGUAAUUUUCCCCGAUGUUUAUUUAGAGAUAUGUUAUCGUUACAAAAAUUGUAUUAUUAGCUGGUCUCCGUUGUUUCUAAAUAGUGUGCCGUCUAUACUAGCAUUACCAUAAUCGGGGACGGAUGAAGGGGUGAUUCAAUAACGGCACUUUUGGACUAAUUUUCUACUUCCGUAUCUGGGAUAGUGGGACACUUCCCAGUCCAGCUCUGGACGUGUCACAUUACUUUUGCACAUUUUCACUCGACUUUAACGCUUAAACAUUUAAUGUCACUAUAAUGAAUAAUCAAGGCAACGUGUUACGUACAUUUGUAAGAGAAUUAUUUAUAAAAUAUCACGGGCGAUAUACAUCUUUGUUGUUAUUGUUUUAUAACGGCAUGGUUAGAUUAUAAUUCAUCAACGAAGUUUAUUAAUUAUUUUGUUAAUUUUAAAUUAACAUUUAACCAUACGAGGAUUUCGUACGAAAUGUUGUAGAAUAUUCUUGUUCUUAAAUUAAUGUAAAUAUCCUAAAAGAAAAUGCAAAAUAAUAAAUCCCCAGAAUUUUGAAAUGGUAAAAGAAUUUAAAAACGGUGACUCCUUUAGUACAAUGAUGGCUUCAAGUCUUUCAAAAACUGUGUGUGACAACUGUGAAAAUAAUACUUCAACGUUUUUCUAAAUAAUUAGUUUCAAAAUAAAUAAGUACAUGAAUAUAGGAAUAAGAAAUACUUAUCGUAUAUUUAAACAUAUUCAAAAAUUAAUACGCGUUUCUCAAUUCGUGUAGGGGACAAACUUUCGAAUAGUAUGUAUAAAUUACUACAAGUACUUAUAUUUAUAAAAUUGUAAAAAACGGUAUAAACUUGUUUGAGAAAAAAAUAAAAUAGAAUAAGAAUUCUAGCAGAAAAAAAACCAUAUGCAAAAUCUCGCAAAUUAUAUCGAAGUCAGUUUAAUGUGUUGCCAAUGUAUUACGUAUAUAAAACUUAUUGCGUACUUAGUAAGCAUUGUAUACGACCCUCUCAUACCAUUUCACCCCCAAUUUCCUCCCGUUCUUAUUUAACGGGCCAAAAACUAUUCGGAAAGUCUGAAACGUCACUACUCAUUAGUAUCGUAUGUGUAUAUAAUAUGUAUACUAUAGCGGGUGUAAGAACGAUGAAUCGAGUUUCAAAAAAAAAUAUUUUCUAUUAUUAUUUUUUUUGUUUUUUAAUAAAUAAAACGAUAUUAUGUAUACGUGUGUGUUAAAUACACAGUAACGAAUGAGCUCGGCAAAACGAACUCGGUUUUUGAGACGUGGUUACUUAUAGAUUUUGUUUAAUAAUAAUAAUAUUUAUUCAAAUACUAAAUAAAUGAAUAAAAACGGGCCAAGGCCUAUUUCCCAAUGGCACAUAAUGAUUAUGACUUUGCUAUGAUUAAUAUACAGUAAACGCAGGCCCGUCGCUGGGAUACAAGCAAGCCAUACGUUUCUUUAGGACGGCAUACAAUUUUAAUCAAAUUGAACCGGCAAAAUGAAAUUAAUAAUCGUCAAAAAAGACCGGCAUCAAAAUAUUCGUUUUGGGGAGAAAAAAAUCUUACGACGGGCCUGAGUAAACAUAAUAUUAUAAACAAGAAUACAGUAAACUAAAAUAACAUAAAGUUCAACGAAAGUGUCAACUUAACAAACGUUUAAAAGUACAAUAAUACACUCAAUACUAUCGGUAUCUAAUUUAGUGUAUGAAACUAUAGACUCUAUAUAAUUGAACCAUAUUUUAAAAUUAAUCGAACUAAGGCAUUGUAUGGUCAUAGGAAUGAUUGUGUGGAUUUCUAAAAUUAAAAGAAUACCGUUUUUCUAAACCUAAUAUUUGUAGAGCUUUAAUAUUUACAUUUUCUAUAAUAUGUUGAUGGAAAUUUAAAUUUAAUGAAUAAGUUAUACCAAGAUCUUUGAUAUAAGAAACUGAUUCGAUUAAGUAAUAGAAUAAAUAUACAAUAUGUAACUUAGUUAUCAAAUUUUGCUUGUAGAAAAAAACAAUUUGUAAAGGCGAUCGAACCCUAUAAAAACACAUAGAGUAACAUUCACAGAUAUCAAAACUCAUGCCUCAUUUUUGGCACCAUUCAAAUAAGAUAUUCAAUUAAUUUUGUAAAAUAAAACAGUCAUAAAUAGAGGUGAUCGAGUAUACAUUUUUAUAUCAUCUGCAAAUAACAGACAUUGGCAAUUUUUGAAGGCUGAGGAGGUAUCAUUAAUAAAUAUAAGAAAUAAAAGGGAAGAUAAAUGUCCUCCCUGUGGAGUACCAGAUGAGGCUGUUGUAAUGAAAGAAGAGAAACUUUGUACUCUAGUGAAUUUAAAUCAGUUAAGUAAAUAAUAUUUAAAACAUGGUAGCAAUAGAUAACCAAAGCCUACGUAAUUAAGUGCAUCAAAAAGUUCGUGGUCACCACGAUCGAAGGCUUUUUCGAAAUCCGUGAAAAUUACAUCAACUUAACAAUUUUGCCUAAAAGAUUCCAACAAAUAAAUUUUAAAACGAUAAAUUACAUGUUAUUUUAGAACUACCUGUUCUAAAUCCAUGGCGUCUCUAUGGUCAAGGAUAUUAUCAACCAAUUUUAUAAUUGUAUUUAUAAUUAUUUUUUCGGGUAGUUUCCCAAUCUGAAUCAAGCUAAAAAUGGUCUAUGAUUUUUAAUAUCUGUUUUAUCACCUUUUUUGAAAACUAAUAUAACAUAACUUAUUUUUCAAACUGAUGGGAAUACACUUUCUUCUAGAAAUUUAGAAAAUAAUAAAUAUUGGGUAGAAUAUAGUCGACAAAUUGAACUAAGAAAUAAUCAAAAAUUCCAUCGAGACCAGGUGAUUUAGAAGUUUUUGGGGAACUUAGUUCACCAAUAGUAACUUCAUUAAGAGAAAUUUUAUAACGAGAGGGGAUACAGCGCUCGUGUAUUGUACAAGGGUUGAAUUAGAAAGAGAUUUUUGAUAAAAGUUAAAAUUAUACACUGAUGAAAAAUAUUUUAAGAAAAAGUUAGAUUUGACCUCACCAUUAAUAGCUUCCUAUUUCCCAAUCUAAAUGUAGAGACUGAGAAAUAAUAUGAGAACGCUUAUUGUAAGAUACCCAUUUCCAAAAAUAUUUAGGAUCAGCCCAAAUAUUAUGUUCUGAAAGAUGUAUAAACUUAUUAAAUACUAAUUUUGGUUAAGAAUUAUAUUGUGAUCAGAAUUUUAAAAAGCUAACAUAAUUUGAUCUGAUCUGAUCAAAUAAGAUAUAUUGGGAAAUAUUGGUGGAUGGAUACUGGGCAGAUUAUAGGACGUAUCUGGAUUAGUUUUGGUUCACAUCCCCACGGCAAGUAUUAGUAUACCUAAAUUAUAUUAUGUUUACGUGUUUGUGUGUGUAUAUGUGUGUGUUUAUUAUAUGAAAAAUAAUUAUUAUCAUUCGAAAGAAUAUUAAUCGCCGAGGCCAAAGUUUUUAAUUUAAAUCCAUUCAGAUUUGACUUAAAUCCCAGCAACAGAUGCUACGGUCUACGUGAUGUUUACUGCUGCAGUAUUUUACUCUGCUAGCAGCAGCUAUACUGUCUCGAAAACUUUCUAACGGGUUAAAAGAACAAAUUACAGUAUUUUCAAAAACCGUAGAUCGUAUAUAAUAUACCUACUUUAUAUAUUCAAAACGAUGGCGUGGAGCACUCAAAUGGAAUAUUAAUAACGCUUCUUUUUAUUUUGUUUUUUUUCGUUCACUAAAAAAUGUAAUUAAAACAAAACAAACAAAAAAAAAACAGUUAAAUUUGCCCAUAUAUUAUAGUAAUUUAGUCCACAGACUUCGAUAAACGUCCAUAAUAUUAUUUCGAAUUAUUCAGAAGCAGUAUAAACGGUAGACAUUAAAAUAAACAAAACAAAAAAAACUUUGUAUAAACUGUGGUAUAGACUUGAAAAAAAAAAAAGAACAAAUCCGUAUCAAACUGCAGACAUAAAAAUUGAUUGUUAUAUAAUUAUGUUAAACAGACUUUAUCGACAUUCCGUAUGAAAAAUAAUCGGAGAUAUUGUGCUAUACUAUUUUGAUAUAUGCUUGAUUGCUUUUUAUUAAUUACGUGUCAUUAACAAAGUUUUAUUGUUUAUAUAUGUAUAUACUUUUUAUUUCAAAUAAAAACUUUACCGUUGUUUCUAAAUAGCCAACAGUCUAAAAAAAAAAAAAAUCCAAACGACUAUUCUUGUAUUUAUUAUAUUAACUAUAUAUUUAUACUACUGCCGAAAAAUCGUAAAAUCGUUAACCAACAACAAUCAACCUAACAACAUUCUUAUGGGAAGACGAGAAUUUAAUUUGAUAACAAAUCUGCUCAUUUCGAAAUAUCAUUGGACCAGUAAAAAUAUGUUAACGUAUUGCAUUAGAACCAUCAUAGUCGAUCUCAAAUUUCCGAAUUUUUAAAGAAACCAAAGAACUGAUGGUAUCAUUGAUAAUAAAACAAUUUUAUAAAAGCUAUGUUUUUUUUAAUUUUUCAAAGAUAACCAGUUGGGUAAAUCUCGAAACUGAAAAUAUGGUCACGAGUGGCUUAAAAAUACGAAUUUACUAAUAUUAAAAAACUAAAUUCACAUUUUUUGAAAUAGCAUGAGAUCCAUAAUAUUUCUCAUAAUAAUAGUUUUCAUAAUAAGUGACGACAUGGAUAAAAUAUAACCGCAGAGAUAAGAGACGCUGGAUUGAAAGAGAGUUACACAGAAAUUAUUGUAAAAAAGAAUUCUCAAAAACGGAAGACUGCAAUAGGCUGGAUAUGAAGCCAAAACCCAUCACCACUAAGCGGAGAAUAAAACGGAGCCCGUGCAACAUUUUAUUUGGAAAGCUAGAAGAAAUUAGUAAAAAGAUGUCGAAGUUUUAGGUGGUUGAACAAAUUUUAAAGUUUUGAUAAUGAAAAAAGGACAUAGAGAAAAAAAUAGUUCUGAUGCCGGAUGGUUCAAACUCAAAUCGAACCGGGAAUAUAAAUUAUUUUUAAUAUUUACGUUUUUAUUUAUUAUUAUAUUCGUAGGUAGAUAUGAGAAAGGUUUUGGCACAAAGAAAAUACGUUCCAAAAUGUACUACAACCAUCAAUCAAAUAUUGGUUCGUUUUUGUAGGUACCAGUCACGUACUCACGUCUGUUUAACAUAAUUAUAAUAACACCGACAACCCGAAAUUAUUAGGUAUAUUAUUUUAGAGAGAAUCGAAAUAGGUAUUGUGUUUUUCCCCCAUAGAACCAAAAAUCGUAGAUCAAAAUUAAAUGCAUUGUUUUAGUUUUAGAUUCUGAACGUAAUGUAGAAUGAAUUAGUUUAUCUAUGAUGAGUGUUUUUUUUUUUUGAAAAUUAUAUUACUACAUUUUGGUUCAAGUUUGUGCAUAAAAUAGGUUCUUUUAAAAUUCUCUAAGCAAUUUAGUUAAUGAUUGGAAAUACUGAGAAAAAAUUUAAAGUAAAAACAAACUGCAAUAUGUUAACGAUUUCGUUGUUUUACAUUUUUAGAUUCUGAGCAAAGCGAGGAAUGUAUUGGUUUUACAAUGAUGUUUUUAUGUAACAUAUAUAUACUGUGUACACAAAUUUUAAAAAUCUUGCUCCGAUUAACAUGUGUGGCAUAUUUUCUGAAAAGUAAUUUUCCUUGUAUGAUACUUUAAACAAGUUAUUUUGAUUUCUUAAGAGAUUUUCAUAAAAAUCGGAAAAAACUUAGAAAAAACGAGAAAAUUUACGAAAUUAAUUUUUUUCAGUUUUGUUUUUUUUGUUAUGAUUUAAUUAAAAAUAUGAUUACAUACAGCUAUUAUAUCUAAACGUCCUAACCUGAAACCGUACGGCUUAUAAACAAGAGACGGGUUAACUAAAGAUAUCUUUGAGUCCGAGCUUCUCGAAAAGCUUAGCACAAUGGCCUAGGAUAGAAAUUGAUUUGGAAUUCCUGACACAGUAUUUAUAGCCAGAUUUUAAAAUGGGGUAAUGGAGUUUACCUUCCAGAUGGACGGAAGUAUCUCUUAAUCUAAUGAAUACCUAAAAAUUUGUCUAAAGAUUAAAAAUUCCCUCUAAAGAUUAGAGGGAAAUGGAAAUAAAAGACCUAAGGCUGAAAAGAAAGGUUCCCGAAAGCCCAUUAAACCUUAUCAAGACCGGGCUCUAUAUCGGUAAUACUGAUGAAGCAAUUAUUGAGUAUAUCGUAAUAUAGGUGGGAAAGAUAAGAGUUACUUUUGGAGGUGGAAGCUGUGUAAAAUGAAUUAAAAAUCUCAGAAAACAGAUAAUAAAUGUCUUGUAAGCCAGAACUAAAAAAUUCGUCUAAGUUGACAAUAUUAGGAAUACUAUUUCCAGACCUUAGAUUACGAAAGAAUUUCCAAAAGAAGCUGGUCCAGUCUUUUUAUAGAUAAUAUAGUCUUUAAGACACUUUUUAGACAUAUAUUGGGCUCGAAGAACUGAGCAUAAUGGGUUACUGGACUAUUUGAAGAGAGCGUAAGUUUGCCUUUUAAUGUUAUAAAAUAUAGUUAAUACAAGGGUUGUCCCAAAAGUAAUGCACAGCGCGCUCUAGCUGUCUUGCAAUGUGAUAUUAUCAGCUGAUUUUAGUAUCAGUUUGUAGCUUGAAGUCUAACGAACACGUGCGUUUUUAGUUUUAGUUGUUUUAGUAAAGUAUGAUGAUGUGUGAGAGCGAUAACGAAAGUGAGAACAAUUCGUCGGCUCACAUUUCUGUUUUUGAGCAACGCGCAUACAUUAAAAUCGAAACGAUUCGUGGUAAAACAGUGCCUGAAAUUCAUGCCGCGUUAAAUGAAGUGUGUGGAACGGAUACUGUGGAUCGUAGUACGGUGCAAAGAUGGCAUCAGCGAUUCCGUGAUGGUCGUAUAAGUAUUGAUAACAACCCUCGCUCUGGCCGACCCUCUACGGUUACUCAAGACAACACUAACGCGGCUAUCUUCGCAACUCUACUCGAUGAAGACCGACGGAUAACGGUGAGAGAGAUAGAGAAUGAAACAGGUAUUUCAAAAUCAAGUGUUCACCGCAUCUUAACGGGAAUUCUACAGAAACGAAAGAUUGCAGCACGUUGGGUGCCUCAUUUUCUGUCACCGGAACAGAAGGAUACACGCAAAGACAUCUGCCGUGAACUCCUUUCUCGCUACGAAAAUGAAAAAGAAACGUUUCUUGAUCGUAUAAUUGCAAUAAAUGAGACUUGGAUCCGUGAUUUUGAGCCGGAAUUAAAAUCUCAAAGCAAUAUUUGGAAGGGAAUAACAUCACCAAGAGCAAAAAAAGUUCGUCGCCAGCAAACAAAGGUGAAACAAAUGAUGAUUUUUGCUUACGAUAAACUUGGGAUAAUUGUCAUUGAUCGAGUUCCAAUUGGCAGUAGUGUAACCGGGGAUUACUACAAAACAUUCCUUGCCAAAAAAUUGCGACCAGGAAUGUUACAAAAUGGUGUGUCCAUAUUGCACGAUAAUGCGCGGCCGCAUAUCGGAGCACCAGUCGUCGCUCUUUUGGAGAAAUAUGGGAACGCCUCAAACACCCACCGUAUUCGCCGGAUUUAAGUCCCCCAGACUUUGAUUUAUUUCCAAAACUGAAGGAACCACUUAGAGGGAUCCGUUUUCCCGACUUAGAUAUACUAAAUGAAGAAGUGAGCCGAAGGAUCCGUGAACUCAACAAAGAUGGCGUCCUAUGCGGCAUUCAAGCGCUCCCGAAACGAUGGCAAUCGUGUAUAGACAAGCAGGGAGAUUAUAUCGAAGGUCUAUAAUAUUGUAUUUAGUUUAAAAUAAAAACUUAUUUAUUCAGAGCAAAUUGUGCAUUACUUUUGGAACAACCCUCGUAUUAUAAAAAUAAAUUCAAAUAAUAAACCUUAAAAAACGAUUCGUUUCGAUCAACAACGCAUAUAAUAACAAUAGUUAUAAUCUUGUGUUCGGUAAACUGCUGCACUAUCGAAUUCAAACGUCAAAAUGUAAGUUAUAAUAUUGUUACUAUAAUACCUAACUUAAUAAUAAUAUUACUGUAGGUAUGUUGUCGCUAGUCUAUGAAUUUAGCAUUUUUUUUUUUUUUUUUAAAGUGUUGAGUGAAUUUUUAACGAGAUUUCCAUUUCGAUAUUAUGAAAAGUUUAUCUAAAUUAAUUUCAGUCACAUCGUCUUUUUUCAGACGAAAAAUAACAAAAGAAAUCUCGAAAAUAAAAAUAAUUCUCAUCCGUGCUCAACACUGCACCCCGCCGUUGUUUCCGGUAAAAGCUUUUAUUCUCGUCACCUUAUUUUUAUCCUCGAGUCAAAUAAUAUUCUCUCGAUCUGUUCACGACAACCCUGCACUUAUAUAACGAUGUUAACCUUAACGGUGUUGCUGGUCACAGUAAAUAAAUGUAACUUUUUUCUCAAUAGCACAUACAAUGAUAAGAAAUUGAAAUGUGCAGUGGACCGACAACGCGACUAUUACGAUAAUAUUAUUAGAUUGCCAAAUACCACUUAUUCUCAGGUUCUUAGAAACAUAACCUCAAAACCAAAAAUCAACAGUUAAAAUUUGAAUUUAAUACCGGUACGAAUUUAAUGACAAGAAAUUGACGAUUCUGGAAUACGAUAAGAUCAGAAUCGAAUUUUUUUCACCAAAAUCUGCAACUUCUUCAACAUUUGUACUGGCGGCGCUUCGGUUCUGUCACCCUCUGUUAGACUGGAUACGUUCCUAUUUUCUAAAUUAGCCUCAAUGUGUUAAGCUUUUCAGCUUCAAUUCGCAUAUAUUUAUAGCUACGUCUGGAGUUCCUCGAAGUCGACAUCUAUCUUCAAUCUUAUUCUCACUAUUCAUAACCAGUGUUUCAAGCGUUCCUCGAUUCUGCAAAUUCCUCUGUUUUAUUGAUAAUAUAAACAUUUUUCCCAAUAUGGUUGCAUAAACAUAUAGGAGGAAUUAGACAGAAUCAAAAAAUAUUUGGCUUUCUCUAAACAUUGAUAAAUGUAAAUCUAUGGCCUUCACUGGACGCUGUUUCUCUCAUUUAUUUUUUAUUCGAUUAAUGGUACCGUCCUCAUCUCCGUUAAUAUUGAUGCUUGCUCUCUUGGUUAUAUUCUUGUACCUUUGCUGUACCCUAGAGCUUACAUCAAUCAAAUUAUGUGCAAAGCAAAUAAAAUACUAGGUUUUAUAAAGAGAAUUUCUGGGGAAUUUCAAUUGUCAAAGUCUUUAAAGGCGUUAUACUGUGCUUUAAUUAUACCCAUCCUGCUUGAAUGUGGUUGCAUAGUGUGGAAUCCUCACUCAUUGAUAUACGAGUACUGCCAACAAAUCGAAUAAAUUCAACAUAAAUUUCUCAGUUCGUUAGUUUUAAAUCAAAUUUCAUCCAACCGUCUCAUGACUUGAACCAGUACUCCUUAACUUAAAUCUCCUAGCCGACCGCUGUCGUGCUCAUGACUUCACCUACUUUCAAAAUUUUAUCAGUGGUAAAACUGUUUUUCGUUCUCCCCUUCAACACGUUAACUUUAGAGUUCCUACGAGCAAUACCCGUGUCAUCACUCUGUACACUGUACCGUUUUGUUCUACAGAUUAUCAAAAUAAUGAGCCUCUCACUCGCCGUAUGAGGCAAAACAAUCUUGAUACUUCCUUCUCCUAAUUUAGUUGAUUAUAUUACUUCGACCGAAUGAUAUACAUUUUUUUUUCUUUUAUUAUUUUAUGUAACAUAUAUUCAUAUAUAAAUUUGCAAUAUUUAAAUAUCAAAUACUGUAUUACAUUUUAAUUGGGUAUAAGCUGGUAAAAUGAAUAAAUAAAUAAAAUGUGGCCUACCCAGUACUCGACGCGUAACGUGACUUUUGCUUUUCACCCGGAAUUUAAUUUAUAUCUGACGUAGUUUUCCAACUACGAAUAGUAUUACAUUUUAGUUUUAUACUUAGAAUAUUAACUUUCUAAGAGCACUUUUAUUUUUGGAGUUUAUUGUUAUAAAUAUACGGGUAACCCCUUUUACAUAAAAGUAACAGUACAACAACGAAUAUAAUAAUACAUUAUAGGUAUUAUGUAGACAUUCUUAAACAUUCAAAUAUAUACUAUUAUAGUCCUGUUAUUUUUCCUUGUGCUUUAACAGGUUUUUAACUUUUAAGAAAUACUACUAAGAAUCAGAUAGGGAAAAUGUUUCAAAUAAAGUACCACCGGCCCAAAAUCUGCAUCUUUUAAUGAAUGUUGUGAAUAAUUUUGAGCAUUUUAACUAACUGGAACAGUGUUUUUCGAGAAAUAUAACACUAUUGAUAAAGCUAUCAGCUUCAUUGCUACAAACAGAAUGGGUAGAGUAAUACAUUGUGUAUUUUCAUUUUUUUUUUUCUUAUCAGAAUGAAAGCCACGGAAACAAAGACGUUAGUUCCAUACUCGGGUCACCUCUGGACAUAUUGAACGGCAGAAUUAUCGACCCGGAGAUUAAACCCACGUACCGAAUCAUCGGGACGGACGUCACGAGCUACAAAACCAUAUAUAACUACUCGUGCACACUGUACGGAUUAUAUGGUAUAGUAUCGUAUUAGUUUUUUUUUCGUAUCUAAUUUUUCAAUUUAAAAUAAGUGUUUUGUUGGUAAAGAAAAAAACCCGUUUUUUUCCUAACUGAGAGAUUUAUAUUCAUUAAUUAAAUAAAAUUUGUCUUAUUUUUAUUUCCACAUCCUCCCCUCUUCAAUUUUGUUUUCGCUACGUCAUCCGUUUCUUAAUUAAUUCUCUGUGAAAACUAAAAAAAAAAUAAUCAUUUGUGUUACUAUAUAUACUGUAGAAUAUAGCCAUUAAAAACAAAUGAAUAAAAUUGGACUUUCAGACCAAUUAGAUGUUAUCUAUUCUAUAAUAGAGAGAAUGCUCUUAAAACAAUUUCUAUAAUAUAUUUUCCUUUCAAACAUUUCUCAAAGCCAAAUAAAAUCUACAAUAUAACUUUCGAUAAAAUCAUUAUUUUAAGUUUAUAAUAGUAAAAAUAUAUAUAUUUUAAUGGAAUAAAAUAAUUUGAUUUGGUAAUAAUAUUAAUGUAUCAAUAUUUAAUAGAUUUAAAGGAUUUGUAUACAAUUUUUUUUGUACUUAUAGUUGAAGGAAAAGGUUCAAAAAAAGAAAAAGCAAAAGAAGAUGCAGCUACAGAAAUGAUACGUCUAAUAUUAAACGAACAAAAUGCGAAUACUCUGUCGAAUCAAUUCAAACCGUUCAGUGAACAAGAGUAAGUGCUUACUCGUAUAUUAUAACUUUAAAAUACAAUAACUUUUUAUGAACAAGGUUUGUCCAACAAAGUAUAAAUUAUAAAUCUAUUCCACUUGGUACUAUUUACUUCUAUUAAUACUGGCAUUUUUCCUCAAUUAUUUAAAAAAAAAUUAUUGUCCCAUUACAUAAGAAUAGUGAUAAACAAUUUUUGCAAUAACGGACCAAUUUCUUUAACUUUAUCUAUCUCUAAAAUAUUUGAAAAAUGUUAAAAAUGGAUCACUAUUUUUCUCUUAAUAAAAACGAUUAUUUUUCAAAUAACCAAUUUAAUUUUAGAUUAGGAAGAUCUAUUUUAAAUGUUUUAAUAUAUUUAUAUGAUUCUGUCAAUACUAGUUUAAAUAAUAAUAAAAAAUGAUGUACUACACAUUUUUUUAGACUUAAAAAAGCAUUCGAUUUUGUUAAUCAUAUUCGUAUGAUUGAUAGAUUAUAAUGUUAUGAUAUAACAUAAGGGAAAGGUUUGGAUUUAUUUACAUCAUGCCUAAUGAAUAAAUCACAGGUAGUAAAAAUCAACGGCAUUUAUGAUUGUGAAGCUCUAAUAAAUAAACACGGAAUCUCACAAGGUACAGUUCUUGGGCCGAUUCUAUUUAUUAUUUAUGUUAAUAACUUUUUGGAUCUUAAUAUAAAUAGAACCAUUUUUUCAUAUGUAGUUUAUGCGGUAAUUUUAGUGAAAGCUAACAGUGUGAAUGGAUUACAUGAAUUGUCUAUUUCCUCUUUAAAAAUUGAUUAAACAUUAAUAUAUUAGAGCUUAAUUUAAAUAAGUCUAGGUAUAUGUAUUUUCGUUUAUCAAAUACAUCUACCAAACCGUUUGUUAAAUACAUAUUUUUACUAAACUCCGUUGAGUCUAAACUUAACAGAGUGCAAUGCUAACAGAUAAAAGCAACACGUGAAAAAAUUCGAAAAACAUUUCACUUCAUUGGAAGUUUUCAAAGAAAUAGAUGACAACUUAAACCCAAAAAGAAGCAUAUAUGAAUUACGUCCAAAAAUAUUUAAACGUCUGAAACCAUAUGACUUAAUUGAAUUGAAUUUUUAGAUAAACGACAGGAGCCACUUCAUUUGAAGUGUGACUUCAUCAAUAUGCACAGUAUGUAUUAAUAUCUAAUAUGUGCCAUAAAAUACGAAUAGGUAUAUACAUUCUUGAGAAUAUGUAUAAAGACUUUUGGGUCGUUUUAAUAAUAAAACCUCAAGGCGUUUACAAAAAAAAAUCUUUUUGAAACUAAUGUGGUGAUAUUUAAACUGCAUCAUGUUUACAAUACACGCUUAAAAACUUCAAGUAAUUUAAAUUGUAUAAUUGUAUAAAAGUUAAUUAAAAAAUUAGAAAAUUCAACACAGUUAUCGUAGAAAUUGAUUUAUGUAGAAAGUUAAAUAUGGGUAUCAAACGGGUAUUUAAAUAUAGGUAUUUAAAACGAAAUCAAAGUUAGUUAACUAUUUGUAUACAUUGGUUUUAAAUAAUAAUUUUAAUUUAUAGUAGUAUUUCGGUUCUUUGCUUAAUUUAAUUGACAUAAAGUUAGCUUUAUUCUAUUUAUUAAAUAUAUUUUAAUAAGUCACAGUUGUCGACUUUUGAACUCGCUUACCUCAAGCAAGCCUUGAUUUAACUUUUUUUUUUGGGGGGGGGUGAGUGUCAUUUUCUUAUAUUUUGUUUUGAAAAAAUUAGUUUAAGUUUAAAUUUAUUGUAUAUUUAAACUAAACUUGUAUAUGCUUUAAUGACGUAAUAUAUUAUAUUGUUAUUAUUAUUAAAACGCUCGGGAAUAAAGGGAACGGUAUUAUAUUAUAGAGUCAAGUUUUCCAAGUACCGAGGAAAUUAUAAUAUACAAAAAAAUUCCCGACGAGUUUUUUUCAUUUUUAUUUCAAACUAUAUUGACGUUCUAUACACAACGAAACAUUGCAUAACAAUAUAAACAGUACAAGUACAUACCUACCCAUGUAUAAUAGUAUAAUAAUAUUCUAUUAAUAAUGAGUAUUUCCAAUACACAUAAAAGACAAAAGUACCAUGCUAGUAUACAAGUAUAAUACUAAAUAUGAAUGUAGGUAAGUACUACCAAUUAUAGAAAAACAUAUUGUGAAAGUUUCGAAUAAUAAUGCAUUUUUAUUUAAUUUCAUUCGGUACCUAAUAAUAUUGUAGAACUUAUUCGUGUAUAGUAAUUAUCAGGGCUCGAAUUUUAUGGCACUGAAAAUAACUGAAGUAUGCGCUAUAAUACGACCUAAAAAAUCUUAAAAUAAACUCUAUAAUAUGUCCAAAAAAUUUUUAAAUCGACUAUAGUAUACCACAAAAACAUGAAAAAUGGUUAAAGAGAAAAUUUGUUUAAAUAUAUAAAUACAACCAAAAGAAAUCAUAAAUGUAAACUGUUCGACAAGUCAAUAAGCAGGGCUACUUAAAAAUAAAUUAUAAUAUGAAAUGAGAAUGUAGGUAUUUUUCUUAUGGAUUCACAUUAAAUGAAAGAUGUUUUCUACUUUUUACACAAAAUACAUAAUAAAUCAUAUUAUACAUAUUAGUAAAAAAAAUAGCACCAAAAAUUGAAAAAUAGCACUAAAAUUCUAAAAUAUUUCAAAUAUGCGAAAAAUAGCAGUAUACAAUUUCAUAUUUGGAGUCUCUAGCACACAAAAAAAAUGUAAAGCUCACUCUGCUAUUUUUAUCUGUAUCCUAUAAAAACUAACAAAUGCUAUAAAAUCCAAGUCCUGAUACUACACUGAUACACACUGAUAUACACAGUAUACUACACUGAUCGAAAAAUAAAAAUGUAUUUCAUUAUUUAAUAGUUUCUAUUUUCACGUUUUUAAGAUAAAUUUACAUGUAGCAAAUUAGACAAAAAAAAAAACAGCUAAACAUAAAUAUUAACCUAUUGCACUAAAAUGAAAAUCACUUAUUAACUACGAAAAGUUUGAACUCAAUACUAUUAAAAACUUUUUGAAAAUAUACCUACAUGGAGGUGUGAUACUUGCACAAUUGAGAGGCAAAAUAUAAAAUCAUUUGAAAUAUGCAAUGGUGUCACCGCAUAAAAUUCUUUAGAUUUCGUGGUGUGACAGAGUAACAAAUGGAGAAGUUUUAAGAAGGAUUAAGGAAAAAAGACAACUACAUAUAACAAAUAAUACUACGUCAUGAUAAUUUAUUAAAAGUUACGCAUAUACGGUAAAAUUGAAAAUCUUAGGAUGGAAUAUAUUGGUAUACGAGUAGAUACCAUAAAUUCUUUAGGAUAUGGAAAUGAGAAUUAUCGGUAUUUGAAGAAUUAGAAUUUUGACAGAGAAAUAUGGAGAGCUGCAGCCAAUUAAUCGAAAGAUUGAACGUCAAAAAAAAAAUAAAUUUAAAUAAAUGUCCAUGUGACUACGUACCUAUCAAACGUUACCUUCAAACGUCUUACUCAUAUCAACAAAAUCAAAAUCUUAUUAGAGAGCUGACUAUAAUACGAAUAGAUUAAAUUAUUUUGCUUUUUAAAAAUAUUAAAAAAUAGAUUUAAACUAUACAUACAGCAUACAUGUUUUUCGUGUCCUUUAAUAAUUAACGAAAUGUAUAUUUGUUUCGAAUUCUAGUUUUGGUUAAACGUACAUAAUAAUAUUAUAACAUUGUAGAUAGACAGGUUAAAUAAUGGAGAAACGACGACGGAUAUAUAAAUAUAACAAUUUACAAUCGAUUCGUUAAUAUUUUAAUAAACCUGAAAAGCAAACACACCGCGAUUUCACAAUGACAGUAUUAUGUAAAUUUGUAGGUAGGUAGGUACCUACAAGACGAGAAAUAAUAUUAUUGCAUUAUUUCCCGCCGUAGGCCUCCUCUAAUUUAUAAUAAUAUAAUCCAUUUACAGGAAAUAUCUGAAAAUAUUUUGAACAUUGCAUACUGUGAGCCUUAAUGUAUAGGCGUGUGGCCAGUGCUCGAAUUGUAGGGGGGUGCGCAGAGGGACGAAUCUUCUCUCCUUUUUUUUAAAUUUUGUUGAGUACCCCGACUAUAUUUUUUUACUGGAACGGGGAGACGGCACAAACCAAUAUCAGAAAUAAUAUUUAUUAAAAUGUGGAUUUCAAUUGUUAAUUAUGUAACGAAAUUUACUAUUUUCAAUUUCAAAAUUAUCUUUGAUAUUAGUUUAACAUUAUCAUCUUUUCUGUGGUCCUAUAUUUUUUUACCAUAUGGUAGGUAUAUCGAUAUCUUAGCACACGAUACCACAAUAACCAAACGAACUUCAAUUUAUUUAACUAAACUUUUGACUAUGUAGUUACCAUAUAGAAAUUACUCUAUGAUGGUUAUAUAUAUUAUCCACAGAAAAGCGAUAACAAAAAAAAAAUUAUCAUCAGGGUAUAAUAUUCAAAUAAUUAUUAUUUUCUACUGCAACAUGUAGGAUGUAGGUAUUGCUAUCAAAAUAUAAUUGGAAUUUUAAUAUUUUUAGCUGAAUAGUGGUAUUCAAAAUGCUGGUAAGGUAGAACGAGGGGGUGUAGGGACGAAGCCCCCGCGGGUCUGUGUUAACUUUAGUAUUAUGCACUUGGAAUGCAGUUUUUAAAUCGUUGGAUUGAGCUCCUCUAUUUAAUUAAAGAGUUUCGCCUCACAUACUUUCGUACCUCAAAUGAAUUAAGUUAAUAGUCACUAUCUUAAUUCAUGAUACCUAUAACAGUUAAUAAUGAUUAUACAUACCCUGUACGCUUAAUAAAAAAAAAAAAAAAAAACAUAGAACAAAAUUUCAAAUAUUCCAAUAUUGCUUCGUCUGUAUUUGCUCGAUUCACUAGCUAACGUCAAAACAUAAUCGAAAAUAAUCCAGGUUUUCGGAUGUCGGAUAGGUCAGAGAGGAAAAAUCAUAGAUCUAUGGACAGAUUUGGUCAUUUGUAUUGGGAGUUAACACAGGAAAGAAAAAGAUAGUAGAACGUAUAGUAUCUAAAUAGUAUCUUUCCCACUCACUCGAUGUUCCCUUACGUCUAUCUCUAUCUUUUCUACCCAUGGAUAAUAGGACUACGAGAAAAAUGUACUUUUUUAAGUUAACUAUUAACUUUUUCCAUAGAUAUGUGCUUUUAUUUUAUUACGGUAGAAAAUCUACACUACACCUAUACCUGCCGCAUAAACUGAUUUCGAAUAAUUUCGGUCUAAGUAAUUGAUCGUUGAUAUAAUGCAAUUUUGCACGUUGCCAUCCAAAAAAAAAUGUAUAAUAAUAUUAUAUAGAUUAGAGAUAAGUAGCUAAUGGCAAUAUAACGACGGGAAACUUUUGUUGCUUAAAUAAACACUGCAGUAUACGAUUAAAAUAAGUAAUUAAAUAACGAAAAUAUAUUUAUUUUUUAUUGUAUUAUAACUUAUUAUUGUGAAAAAAUGUUUGCUAACAUCGCAUAUCAAAAAAAAACAACAUAAAUAUAUCAUGUGUGAUCGCAAUAAUAUUGAACUUCCGGAACUAAUAAUAGUUUAUAUUAACUAAAUAAUAACUGAAAUAAACUAAAAUUUAAAUGUAACUAAAUGUAAAUCGUUUUCAGAUUGAACAAUCUGCAAGCAUUACUGAAAACCAAACAGAACUACACCGACUUUCUAGAAGAAACCAAUAAAGAUGACAUUCCUUUGGCAUUGGACAUCAAAUCGCAUAAAAGAUUAUCCAUAGUUACAUAACUAAAACUAUCUAACGAAUUUACUCUACGACAACACAAAAUGGCUAAUAUGCAAUCAAUUUUAAUAUAAUUCACACUAUACUUGGUGGCCGACUGCCUCGAAAUCACAUGAGUGGAAAUUUAAAUAGUUUUGUUUUUAAAUAUUUAAAGGUCAUUUGAAAUAAAAGUAUUGAAUUUUGUCGAACAAUAAAUACACGAAUACAC